AUGGGAUUCAAACUUGAAAAAGUUCUCUUGCUCAUAAUCGUAUCAUUUGCCACUCAAACAUUUGCAACCUUAGCCGAUGAGAACUUGUUCAAUGAAAGGGAAACCUUCUCUGGGGCUCGUGUAAAUGAAACACGAGAAGAAUACGCAAAAGUAGGCAAGGACUCAUCUCAUAAACUUCGCCUGAGAGACCACUUUAGGUUUCUCAAGGGAUUUAAAGGAGGAUUUGGUGGAGGCGGAUUUGGUGGAAGCAAAAGUUUUGGAGCAAGCGGAGGAGGAAGUGGAGCAGGCGGAGGAGGUAGCGCAGGAAGCGGCGGAGGAGGUGGAGCAGGCGGAGGAGGUGGCACAGGAAGCGGAGGAGGAGGUGGCACAGGAAGCAGAGGAGGAGGUGGCGCAGGAAGCGGAGGAGGUAAAGGAGGAGGCGGAGUCGUGGGAGGAGGAGGUAAAGCCACAGGAGGAGGAGGCAUUGGAAGCGGAGGAGGUAAAGGUGGAGUCGGUGAAAAAGGAAAAGGCAGUAAAGGCAAAGAAGUUGAAGGAAGUAAGGGAAAAGAAGGUAAAGGAAUUAAGGGCAAAGGAGGCAAAAAAAGUAAAUCUCGCAGCAAAGGCAACAAAGGAGUAAAAGUAGCAGCCGUCACCGGCACCGGAGGAACGAGAUCGGGUGGUCUAAGGGCUCAUGUUCCCACCAUCCUCUUACCCCUGACGAGCUUCAUUGUCGUGACACCAGUUCUUCUUGUUUUCCUGCCAUGA